AUGACGGACGAAAGGUUAGCACCUUUUCACUUGAAUCGAAGGAGAUCGCCUCGGAAACAGCGUCAGAAUGAAUCUUCCAGUAAAGACAAUCGACAGUUGGUUAAGAGGAAUCCGCCGUCGUCUUCUGGUGGAACCGAUCUUCGAAUCUCUUCACCCAAUACUUUCACUCGAAAUGGAAUUCGACCCAGUCCCGGUCUCAUUAGCAUCCCCAGCGGGAUUCGAUGUCGACUCGUGAGUAUCGUGGUGAUGUUGCCACUCGACUACACAGCCAUGAUUAAAUUUUUUGAAGAAAUUCGCAGCUCACUCCCAACACAAAACAACGGCGGAUUCCCCUCGAUCAUCAUGUUCUUCACCAGAGCCGAAGGAGGGUGUUUCGAGGACUUCGGCAACCUGAGCGUCCCGGUAAAGUCAAACGAUAGCAGAUCAACCCAUGAAUAUCAACAGAAUUGA